GCAAAAGGAACCCCAUUCCUCCCCCCAUCUUCCUUCCAUCAUUUUGAUCACACCCCCACCACCACCAGAAAAGCACACGAGACAAGCGCAACCCAUUCCCAACGGCCCGGCCGUAGGGGAACGAGACGGCGAGGAAAGCAAAGCUCCCCCGCCCCGGCCGGCCGCCCCCAUCCCAUCCAUUUCCGAGGAAGUAAUCACCACCUCCCCUCCGUUCCCCUCGCGUAGCGUCGCGCGAUUCGAUCCGGUUCCUUUCCUCCGCUCCGUUCCGUUCGUCGCCGCUGCGGCUGCGCCCCGGACGGCCGGACCCCAGCGACGCCCCCAAAGGCUGCGGCCAUCGCAGUCCCAUCGAUUCCGCCCGCCCGCUUUCCCACCCCUCGAAGCCGAAUCCGAUGGUUCCACCCGUUGACCGCCUCCGCCAUCGGAGGCCGCGCCGCCUCCUUCCCCCCGCCCUCCUCGGCCCGCGCGCCCCCGCCCUAUAGAUAGACACCCGCCGCCCACUCCCCGAUGGCGGUCGCCGGCGACGACGACGACAGCAUGGAGCGGGACUUCGCCGCCAGGCUGCGUCUCGCGCAUUCGCCCUCCCCGGCCCCGCCUGCCGCCACCGCCGCGGCGGCCGCUUCCUCCUCCCCCACCGCCGCUGGGGGGAUCGCCUUCCGCGCGCCGCAGGAGCAGUUCACCGCCGGCGACUUCGAGCUCGGCAAGAUCUACGGCGUCGGCUCCUACUCCAAGGUCGUGCGGGCGAAGAAGAAGGACACGGGCAACGUCUACGCGCUCAAGGUCAUGGACAAGACGUUCAUCACCAAGGAGAACAAAAUCUCCUACGUCAAGAUGGAGCGCAUCGUGCUCGACCAGCUCGAUCACCCGGGCGUCAUCAGGCUCUUCUUCACCUUCCAGGACACAUACUCCCUCUACAUGGCGCUCGAGUCGUGCGAAGGCGGGGAGUUGUUCGAUCAGAUUGUUCGGAAAGGUCGGCUGUCUGAGGACGAGGCACGGUUUUAUGCUGCUGAAAUUGUUGAUAUAUUAGAGUACUUGCACAGCGCCGGCCUAAUUCAUCGGGAUGUCAAGCCAGAAAAUUUACUGCUUACUUCUGAUGGGCACAUCAAGAUAGCUGAUUUUGGUAGUGUCAAGCCUACAAGGGAUACUCCAAUCAAAGUCCUCCCAAAUUCAACUAAUGAAAGGGCCUGCACAUUUGUUGGCACAGCUGCAUAUGUACCACCUGAGGUCCUGAACUCUGCCCCAGCAACCUUUGGAAAUGACUUAUGGGCAUUGGGGUGCACGCUGUACCAAAUGCUUUCUGGCUCUUCACCGUUUAAAGAUGCCACUGAGUGGUUAAUUUUCCAGAGAAUCAUUGCAAGGGACAUCAAAUUCCCUGAGUAUUUUUCAGAUGAAGCAAAAGAUCUUAUUGACAAGUUGCUGGAUGUUGAUCCAAGCAAAAGGCCAGGUGCGGGGCCUGAUGGUUAUUCUUCCUUGAAGAAGCACCCUUUCUUCAGAGGCAUUGACUGGAAGAACCUGAGGAAGACACGACCACCAAAGCUCGCGAUUGACCCAAAUGCAAAUGAAGAUGAGGACAGCCAGAAUUCAAAUUGGCUAUCACACAUGGGAAGUACCACAGUUAACCAACAGUCAAACGCUGUUAGUAAUAACGGUGCUGCAUCAUCAUCUGAAGUACGCUCCCAUAUAUCUAAAUUAGCUUCCAUCGACUCCUUCGACUCAAAAUGGCAAGAAUUCCUGGACCCUGGUGAGUCUGUAGUCUUGAUAUCAAAGCUGAAGAAGAUUAAUAAGCUAGCAAACAAGAAGGUCCAGCUGAUCCUCACUGAUAAACCUCAAUUGAUCUGUGUUGACCCUUCAAAAAUGGUGGCCAAGGGGAACAUUAUUUGGUCUGAUGACCCAAGUGAACUUAGUGUUCAAGUAACAAAUUCAUCACAUUUUAGAAUAUGCACGCCAAAGAAAAUUUCAACAUUUGAGGACUCAAAACAGCGUGCCUGGCAAUGGAAAAAGGCAAUUGAAGACCUCCAACGCUGCCAGAAGUAUUGAACUAUUGAUUUUCAAUUCAAAUCAAGUUCCUGAAACAAAUUAGGCAAUGUUAAUACAGUACAACAUCCUUUUCACUUAGCGAAACAUGAAGGGGCCUGUUUUCCUGCUGUCCUUCUCCUGUGCCUGGUUGCAAGGAAGUUGUUACUCGCUAAUUGGCAUGUUGACGAUGCCCCUAUGAAUUUUCCCAUUUCUAUUGACACUUACAUAUAGGGCACAAUUUUGUUUGUUGUUUUUGUGUCUGUCGCCGCAGAUAGCAUGAAACGGUUGCACUCCAGAAAUAUUACACAGGAAACUAUUUCAUUGGAACGGCUUCAACGGUGCUUCCAAUGGUUCAUUGUCAAUUGUCUUCUGUUCUAGUGCAUCUACAAAUUUAUGAAGUCAUUAUUUGAUUUUGCAAGUUAGUGAGUGUUAUGCUCACAACUGUCGCAUUGCCUAUUUUGUCCACAUAAUAGAAUUACAGAAGGUACUGUAGGCUGCCUUCGUUUCCAUAUCUUUGUACAUAUACAAUACAUUGAUUGAGAUCUGAAUUACUUAUGGACAAUUGUACCCAUCAGGGCCUGUUGGCA